UUGUGAUGCACAAACAGAACGUUGCUUAAUAUCGUGAGCCCCCUGAGCCGGAGCGGGGAGGAGCUUGAGCUGCGUGGGGCAGUGAGGACGGGCAGAGCGCUGAUGUUUGCCGUUGGGAAGCGCUUGGAGGGCAGGCAGAGCUGUCACAGACCAGCUUCCCGGGGUUUUGACGCUGGAUUGGGAUCGUUUUAACUAAAGAUGGAAACACUGGAGUCCGAAUUGACCUGCCCAAUCUGUCUGGAGUUAUUCGAAGAUCCUCUGCUUCUGCCCUGCGCCCACAGCCUGUGCUUCAGCUGCGCCCACCGCAUCCUGCUGUCCGGCUGCUCCUCCGGCGAGAGCAUCGAGCCCCUCAACGCCUUCCAGUGCCCCACCUGCCGCUAUGUCAUCUCCCUCAACCACCGUGGCCUGGAGGGCCUCAAGAGGAAUGUGACGCUGCAAAACAUCAUCGACCGCUUCCAGAAGGCGUCGCUCAGCGGCCCCAACUCCCCCACCGAGAGCCGCCGCGAUCGGCCCUACCGCCCCAACCCCAGCAUGUCGGUGGGCGGCGAGAGGAUCGCCUGCCAGUUCUGUGAGCAGGACCCGCCGAGGGAUGCUGUCAAGACGUGCAUCACCUGCGAGGUGUCCUACUGUGACCGCUGCCUGCGGGCCACGCACCCCAACAAGAAGCCCUUCACCAGCCACCGACUGGUGGAACCCGUGCCCGACGCGCACUUCCGAGGUCUCACCUGCCUGGAGCAUGAGAACGAGAAGGUGAACAUGUACUGCGUGGCUGACGACCAGCUCAUCUGUGCCUUAUGUAAACUGGUGGGGCGGCACCGGGAUCACCAAGUGGCGUCGCUCAGCGAUCGCUUCGAGAAGCUCAAGCAAACCCUGGAGACAAACCUCACCAACCUGGUUAAACGCAACAGCGAACUGGAGAACCAGAUGGCCAAACUGAUACAGAUCUGCCAGCAAGUGGAGGUGAACACAGCCAUGCACGAGGCCAAGCUGAUGGAGGAGUGCGACGAGCUGAUGGAGAUCAUCCGCCAGCGUAAGCAGGUCAUUGCUGUCAAGAUCAAGGAGACGAAGGUGAUGAAGCUGAGGAAGCUGGCCCAGCAGGUCGCCAACUGCCGGCAGUGCCUCGAACGUUCCACGGUCCUCAUCAACCAAGCAGAGCACAUCCUGAAGGAGAAUGACCACGCUCGCUUCCUGCAGACAGCCCGGAAUGUGGCGGAGAGGGUCGCCAUGGCAACUGCAUCCUCUCAAGUUCUGAUACCAGAUAUCAAUUUUAAUGACGCCUUUGAAAACUUCGCCUUGGAUUUUUCCAGAGAGAAGAAACUGCUGGAGGGGUUGGAUUAUCUCACCGCACCGAAUCCUCCGUCUGUGCGUGAGGAGCUCUGCACGGCCUCCCAUGACACCAUCACAGUCCACUGGAUCUCGGAGGAUGAGUUCAGUGUCAGCUCCUACGAGCUCCAGUACACCAUCUUCACCGGGCAAGCCAACUUCAUCAGUCUCUACAACUCCAUGGACAGCUGGAUGAUCGUCCCCAACAUCAAGCAGAACCACUACACCGUGCACGGGCUGCAGAGUGGCACCCGCUACAUUUUCCUGGUCAAGGCCAUCAACCAGGCAGGCAGCCGGAACAGCGAGCCUGCACGGCUCAAAACCAACAGUCAGCCUUUUAAGCUGGACCCCAAGAUGGCCCACAAGAAGUUGAAGAUCUCCAACGAUGGGCUGCAGAUGGAGAAGGACGAGAGCUCCCUGAAGAAGAGCCACACACCUGAGAGGUUCAGUGGGACCGGGUGCUACGGUGCGGCAGGCAACGUCUUCAUCGACAGCGGCUGCCACUACUGGGAGGUGGUGGUGGGCUCCUCCACUUGGUACGCCAUCGGCGUGGCUUACAAGUCGGCUCCCAAGAACGAGUGGAUCGGGAAGAACUCCUCAUCUUGGGUCUUCUCCCGCUGCAACAACAACUUUGUGGUGAGGCACAACAACAAGGAGAUGCUGGUGGAGGUGCACCCGCAGAUGAAGCGCCUCGGCGUCCUCCUGGAUUACGACAACAACGCGCUCUCCUUCUACGACCCGGCCAACUCCCUGCACCUCCACACCUUCGAGGUCUCCUUCAUCCUCCCGGUGUGCCCCACGUUCACUAUCUGGAACAAAUCCUUGAUGAUCCUCUCGGGUCUGCCUGCCCCAGACUUCAUAGAUUACCCAGAGCAGCAGGAGUGUAACUGCAGGCCCCAGGAGUCCCCGUACGUAUCAGGGAUGAAAGCCUGUCACUAGGAGCGACCCUGCCCCACGGUGGUACCAGUGAUGUGGGCUGGGGCUGGUGGUGGGCACCAGGAGCCCUCCGAGCCUCAGAGCAGCCACAAUGCUCCAACAGGAGGGCACCCACCUGCAGCUCGUUUUAUUUUUAAGGGGAAAACAAAAGAACCUCUGAAAAUAAACUCCUGUUGGCCAGCUC